AUGCCAAUCUUCGAGACGAAAGGGCUGAACGCCGAUAUUGAGCUUCCAAAGUAUACAUUGAAAGAUAUCUCAGCACAUGGUACCAAGGGUGAUGCCUGGAUGACGAUUCAUGGACAAGAUGGUCUAUUGAGCGGGAGAUAUCUGGCCAGUUUGACGGUGGCCGAUGAAGUCGAGUUCCGUGGACCCAAAGGUUCCAUGCGCUACACCACAGUCCUCUGCCGCAAGAUUGGUAUGGUGGCUGGUGGCACAGGCAUCACACCGAUGUAUCAACUCAUUCGGGCAAUCUGCAAGACUGACACCGACACUACUGAAGCCAGAAUGAUCUAUACUAACCGAGCGAGUCAGACAUUCUCUUGA